GGCACUUGGGUUUCGCAUUUUCCUCCGCCGAACGGAAAACUCUAUAUCGCGCAUCGCCCGACUUAGCCUCGAAUCCAGUUGCAUUUGCCAGGCAUCAAAGAAAUCGAGAAAUCCCGAAAUCCAGAAAUCCAAUCCAGCUAUCCAGAAUGGUUGUAUCCGUGAAGGUCUUCAAGAAGGCCACGCCCAACGGCAAGGUCACCUUCUAUCUGGGCCGCCGCGACUUCAUCGACCACAUCGACUACUGUGAUCCCGUCGAUGGAGUGAUUGUGGUGGAGCCAGACUACCUGAAGAACAGGAAGGUCUUUGGCCAACUGGCCACCACCUAUCGCUAUGGCCGCGAGGAGGACGAGGUCAUGGGAGUGAAGUUCUCCAAGGAGCUGAUCCUGUGCCGCGAGCAAAUUGUGCCCAUGACCAAUCCCAACAUGGAGAUGACGCCGAUGCAGGAGAAGCUGGUCCGCAAGCUGGGCAGCAACGCUCAUCCCUUCACCUUCCACUUCCCGCCCAACUCGCCCAGCUCCGUCACUCUGCAGCAGGAGGGCGACGACAAUGGAAAGCCCCUGGGCGUGGAGUACACCAUCCGGGCAUUUGUGGGCGACUCCGAGGACGAUCGCCAGCACAAGCGCAGCAUGGUCAGUCUGGUGAUCAAGAAACUGCAGUACGCUCCCCUCAAUCGUGGCCAGCGUCUGCCCAGCUCGCUGGUGAGCAAGGGAUUCACCUUCUCCAACGGCAAGAUCAGUCUGGAGGUCACGCUGGACAGGGAGAUCUACUAUCACGGCGAGAAGACGGCUGCCACCGUCCAAGUGUCGAACAACUCCAAGAAGUCCGUGAAGAGCAUCAAGUGCUUUAUUGUGCAGCACACCGAGAUCACCAUGGUGAACGCCCAGUUCAGCAAGCACGUGGCCCAGCUGGAGACCAAGGAGGGCUGCCCCAUCACUCCGGGCGCCAAUCUCACCAAGACCUUCUACCUGAUUCCGCUGGCGGCCAACAACAAGGAUCGCCAUGGUAUCGCCCUGGACGGACACUUGAAGGAUGAGGAUGUGAACCUGGCUUCAUCCACCAUGGUGCAGGAGGGCAAGUCCACGGGAGAUGCCUGUGGUAUUGUCAUCUCGUACUCGGUGCGCAUCAAGCUGAACUGCGGCACUCUGGGCGGCGAAAUGCAGACGGAUGUGCCCUUCAAACUGCUCCAGCCGGCACCGGGAACUAUUGAGAAGAAGCGCUCGAACGCCAUGAAGAAAAUGAAGUCCAUCGAGCAGCAUCGCAACGUGAAGGGCUAUUACCAGGAUGACGAUGACAACAUUGUAUUCGAGGACUUCGCCAAGAUGCGCAUGAACAAUGUCAACAUGGCGGACUAGACCACCGACCUCCAAUCUCUUCCAGCUCUGUUGUGAACCGAAUUGAACUAAUCGAAAGCACUGAAAAUUUGUUGCAGCAGUCUCUCGUGGAGGCCACAAUCUUUGUAUUAUAACCGUAUCUAUAAUGUAACUUUGGUGGAUCUGGAGUUUGUACCCGUACACAUGCAUGUUGAUGAGUUGAACAGACCUCGUGUCGCUAUAUUAUAAAUGUGUUAUGUCUAUCAAAAGCA